AUGGGCGGAGCUGGCUGGUUAUUCCUAUUCGCGGUUUUGAUGGCUGCUGCUCUGCUUUUCACUAGUGUUUUCUUCAUCAUCAUGUUCUCCGACUUGGAAUGCGACUACAUAAAUCCUAUAGACCUUUGCAACAAACUAAAUCAGUUCGUGCUGCCGGAGAACGGAGCUCAUGCUUUCCUCACCGUGCUCUUCCUGCUGAGCGGACAAUGGAUAGCCUUCGGCCUGAACCUGCCCCUUGUCGUAUUCAACGCUCUGAAAAUACAAAAGAAUAACCACAUGUUUGACGCUACAGAGAUCUUCCGCAACAUUCCGGACCACAAAAGGGAGAGCUUCAUAAAGCUGGGCUUCUACCUGUUGUCAUUCUUCUACUACCUCUACCGAAUGAUUGUCGCCCUCAUUGCGGAGAGCGAGUAA